ACUUAUUCUACCAAUUCAUGCCUAAGGUAAACUACUGUACAUCGUAUCUAACCCAACGAACUGGGUUUACCUCAGCUGCCGUACCUUGACGGUUGAUGUGGCUCGGCCAGGGCCGACACGCCAGCGCGGUGCGGUCCGCAUCCCAAGCCAGAUUCGAUCGACCUUGAUUGCCCAGGUCGAGCCUCGGAUGCACGCGAUAGACAGGGGCCCCAAACAGCAGCCACUGGUACUUUCCACUCGCUCCUUGCACUACUCUCAGGAAAACAUCAUUUCGCGUGUUACAAAUUUCCCAACGGCCCUCAACUUUUCACAGCAUCGGGAACCCGAUGGAUGACAAUUACGUUCACUCACACUCAACCCCUCUAUUCCUUUCGCCGGUGCUACCGUCCGACCUUAUACAGUUCAUUAUCAACCGAUGCAGAUACCCAACGACUCUCAUUAUUUGCGGAAACAGAGGCGAGUUUCUGUCCGCCCUUACACAUAACAUCUUCCAGGAGCAGCAGCAGCAGCAGCAGCAGCGACAUGGCGGAGGAACUCUGCCCCUAGGCGAACCACAUGAUGCCACGGCGCAACAAGCAACCACCGCGGGUCCGCCGCCCAACCUCGACCCCGCCCCGACAGGACGACCUCACGCCGUGCCACCACAGCCAGCAGCCGACCGCCCGGCAACCCCUCCGUCACACGCUCACGCCAACCCUACUACUACCGCCCCGAGGAAGCCGCACCCGCUCCUGACCCCGCACCUCGCACAGCUCUCCACCGCUCGCCACAUCCGCACCGUCUUCGUCCCGACCGUGUCCCACCUCCGCGCCUUCCUCUCCGUUUUCACCGUGGACUCCUCCCUCACGUCAGGCAAGGCGCCUGUAGCGCCGCCGCCGCCGCCGCCGCAGCCAUCGCCAGCAGCCCGCAGGGCCCUGCUCGUGGUCUACAACCUCCUCGGGAUCCACCGCAACACGAGCGAGUGGAGCGUCCAGGGUCUGGGGACGAGCUGCGCAGCGCUGGUAGAAGCUGGGGUGAGAGAGGGGCUGGCGGUCGUUGUUGUGGAGGGACCGAUAGGCUUUGGAGAAGGCGCAGGGGUAGCCGACGGGAGGGAUGGAGAUGAGGAAGUCGACCACGGUGAUGCAGGCCCACGGAAAGGGGUAUCGUUGGGGCUGGACGGUGUGUUGCGGGAGAGCGUGCCCGUGUUAGGCGGACGGGGGAAGAGGGUUGGUGGAGAAUUGGAACGUCGAGGCGGGUGGGCUGGUAAGACGGUUGAUGUGGCCAGAGUAUUGGGGAGGUGGUUUCAGUUUCGGGAGGGCGAGUGGAUGGCCAGAGGAUAAUAGGUUGCCGGCAGAUGAAUGGGUCACGAACGCCGUGAGGGCGAGACCUGCUCCUGCGGUGACAUCCGUGUCAGUUGCCCAUGUAUGUAGUAUGUGCUCUGUACAUAAUGAAACGUCUUGUAAUA